AGUCGUACUAUAAACAUUGACCACUGAUACUGCGAUCGGGAUUUCGCCUAAACAUUGAGCAACAACGAAUUACCACCUUGUUUUUAGUGAUGGCCGUUUUGUGACACCAUGACUUAUCGUGUCGUUCUCUUCGAUUUGGAUGAGACGUUGUGGGAGUGCUUACAGACGAUCAAGCAGGCGGCUGAGAAAACCACUGCGAGGUAUCCACAUCUCACCAACUUUGAGACGGGGAUAAAGCCACUGGUCGCAGAAUUUCCUGACAAAGCAUUCGACUACACGUUUUUACUUAUGCCUCUCGUGAUAAGGCUCUUGUGAUAGAUGAAAGUACUGUACACGUGUUUACUUAUGGCUCAUGUGAUAAACAGACGGAUCCUAAUAAAUAUGGCCAUUAGAAGACUUUUAACCCAUAAAUUUGUACCUUCGCGUUUUGUUUUUUUUUUGGGGGGUUUUUUAUCAGCAUUUUACUUACUUGCUACUGGUGAUGCUAAUGUUCUCGACCUAGAAGUUGUAGUAGAUGUAGUAUGAUGUUGUAUCAUGAUACCCCGAUCUAUAGUUACGUCAUCUCUAACCUUGCAAGGAACUCCUCCCACCAGAUUCGCUAGCGCUACAGCAUCUCUAACCCA